AUGAUCGUCUCUCUUCUUACGUCGAUGUUCGAUGUCGUUCGAUUUGUCUCAGGCUUCACCGCCAAAAACGCGAGUAUUGAACACCUCAAUUGGAGCUACAUUCAGCGACGUGGCAAGAAUGAGACGGACACGGACGUAGUUGUGUUUCUGCACGGCUUUAGUUCCUCGAAGGAGUCUUGGCUUCGUGUGGCCCGCGGUAUUGACAAGCGUUACAAGAUUGUCAUUCCCGAUUUGCCAGGUCAAGGACGAACAACACCCAUUGAUAUACUGGCCGACUACUCAAUGCCAAGUCAGGCCAAGAGGCUACACGACUUUCUCGAAAAGGAGGUGCCUGCUGACAAAAAGAUCCAUCUUGUAGGCUGCUCCAUGGGUGGCAUGCUUGCUGGAGUGUACGCUGGCUUAUAUCCGAAGCGUGUCAAGUCGCUAACUAUGGUGUGUCCAGCAGGCAUUUCCAUGCCCUCAAGGAGCGCGUUGCUGAAGAUGCUCAAUGAAUCUGGACGAAAUCUUCUUCUGGCUCAUACAGUUGAAGAUCUUGAUGAGAUGAACAAAUAUUUGAGUUACGAACCACCCAAAAUUUCGAAAUUGGUGCUGAAUAUUCUUGCAUCAGAACGAGAGAAACAAUUACCAGUGCUACAAAAGAUUAUUCGUGACUCCCUGGAGAAUCCGACGGUUUUAGAGGAUUUGCUGCCUGCUAUUCGAGCAAGGAUGUUAGUAAUGUGGGGCAAACAUGACCAAGUUUUGGACGUUUCAUCGGUAGACGUGCUGAAAAAAAAAUGGUCUCCGGAGGCCCAAGGACAAGUAGUGCUUUUUGACGAUUGUGGUCACAUUUUACAUCAUGAAAAGUAUGUUGAAUGCACAGCUGCUAUUAACAAGUUUUUGUCGGAUUGUGAAAAAGUUUAG